AUGUCCGCCCUCUUCGCCGCCGCCGGAUCGGCCGUCCUCCCCGCGCAUCGGCUCCAGGUAAGCAGCAGCAGCGGCAGCCGCCGGAGCGCGGCCGUCACGGCGUGCUUCUCCAGGCAGCAGAGCUUCCCGUCGAUCUCGAUCCGGUCGGCUCCGGCGAAGCGCUUCCUCCACCUGGCUUGCUCGGCCAAGCAGGACACCAUUGACAAGGUGUGCGGGAUCGUCAAGAAGCAGCUGGCCGUCGCCGAGGACACCGUCGUAAGCGGGGAGACCAAGUUCGCCGACCUCGGCGCCGAUUCGCUCGACACGGUUGAGAUCGUGAUGGGCCUGGAGGAGGCAUUCAGCAUCACGGUGGACGAAUCGAGCGCCCAGGAGAUCAGGACGGUGGAGGACGCCGCGUCUCUCAUCGACAAGCUCGUGACAGACAAGGAUUCUUAG